CCGCUUUUUCCUGUCUUUUCUCUCCUCCGUCACUUGAUGCUCCGCCUUUCCUUUCUCUCUUCCGCUGCGACAUUGUGGUGAGCGGCUGUGAGGUCUUGGCCAUGUCCUCCCACAAGACAUUCAAGAUUAAAAGGUUUCUUGCUAAGAAGCAGAAACAGAACCGGCCCAUCCCACAAUGGAUCCGUAUGAAAACUGGCAAUAAGAUCAGAUACAACUCCAAAAGGAGGCACUGGAGAAGGACCAAGCUAGGCUUGUAAAGAGAAGCCGCUCCAACCCUUGUGGCGCGUCUUGUCCUGCGUCGAGACCUCAAAUGGCCCUUUGCUACCAACGUACCACAGCCCCGUUUUCAAAGCCGACUCACCUUGUGCAUAUUUUCUUUUAUAAACCUUUAUUUUCACAAGGGGUUUUUUUUUUUGAAAAGAAUUAAAACCGAAUAAUGGAAAGCUUUGUGUACAAUUAGUGUCUUUUUAGUUCUCAGUGCCUCUGUGUUGGAGGAAUUCUUGUUGCUGGUUGAGAGAGGUUCAUUAAUAAAUAUGAGGUUGCACAGAA